GGUGGUUCUUUGUUCAUGAGCUCAGGAAGAUCAGAAAAACAAGGAUUUGAUGUGAGACAAACCCCUCAAGUGAAUAUUAAUCCCUUCACUCCAGAUUCAAUGUUGCUUCAUUCUUCGGAACAGUGUCAUUGAAGGAAGAGAACACACUGGAAUGAUUCCUGUGAUGAAGACAUGGAAGUGAGUGAUGGGGUGCUUGAAGAUGAGACUACCAGGCCUGCCAAGAGAAUUACACUUACAGAAAGUAACAUGAAAUCAAGAUAUGAAAGUGAAUUUCAUGAACUAGAGAAGAUUGGAUCAGGAGAAUUUGGUUCGGUAUUUAAGAGUGUAAAGAGGCUGGAUGGCUGUAUCUAUGCCAUAAAGCAAUCAAAGAAGCCAUUGGCUGGUUCUGUCAAAGAGCGAAAUGUUUUAAGAGAAGUCUAUGCCCAUGCAGUACUUGGACAACAUUCUCAUGUGGUUCGAUACUUCUCUGCAUGGGCAUAAGAUGAUCACCUGCUGAUACAGAAUGACUAUUGUAAUGGUGGAAGCUUAGGGGAUGCCAUAAGUGAAAACUACAGAAGCAUGAAUUAUUUUUUGGAAACAGAACUUAAAGAUCUCCUCAUACAAGUUGCUCGUGGCUUGAAAUAUAUUAAUUCAAUGUCAUUGGUACACAUGGAUAUUAAGCCCAGUAAUAUUUUCAUAUCUAGGGUGUCAAUCCCAGGUACAGCUGAGGAAGGGGAUGAAGAUGAUUGGACAGCCAAUAAAGUUCUUUUUAAGAUAGGUGAUCUUGGGCAUGUAACUAGGAUAUCUAGUCCUCUGGUAAAAGAAGGUGAUAGCCGUUUCCUUGCCAAUGAAGUCUUACAAGAGAAUUACACUUCCUCGCCAAAGGCAGAUAUUUUUGCUCUGGCCCUCACCGUGGUGUGUGCUGCUGGUGCUGAACCGCUCCCCACAAACGGAGACCAGUGGCAUGAAAUAAGACAAGGAAAGCUGCCCCGGAUACCACAAGUUCUUUCACAAGAACUGACAGAUUUGUUGACAGUAACAAUUCAUCCUGACCCUGAGAGGAGACCACCAGUGGUGGCACUGGUCAAGCACUCAGUGUUACUCUCUGCCUCCAGGAAGAGUGCAGAGCAGUUACGCAUAGAGCUGAAUGCAGAAAAAUUCAAGAACUCCCUCCUGCAGAAAGAACUGAAGAAAGCGCAGAUGGCAAAAGCAGCUACAGAGGAGCGAGCUCUGUUCACACACAGAAUGGCCACAUGGUCCAGCACACAAGGCAACAGAACAGCCCGGCUCAUUGGGAAGAAGAUGAACCAUUCCGUCAGCCUGACCAUAUACUGA